UUACAGAAUGUCGCUGACAACCUAAUCGGGCUUUCAGGCUUAAGAGAUAUAACUUCUGCCAUCACAGACAACAUUCUUAUCACCAAGUUGGACAUCUCAGGUAAUGAAAUAACAGACGAAGGCGCAAAACUAGUCGCAACUAUGAUUGAGGCGCGAACAGGUCUUCGAGAACUGCGCAUGAAUCACAACUGUAUCCGAGAGGAUGGGGCACUGGCAAUAGGAAAAGCACUCGAAGAGAACGUAUAUCUGCUAUAUUUGGACCUCAGUUGGAAUCACAUACGUUGUAAAGGUGCCGUAGCCAUCGCAAACUGUUUAAAGUCAAACGUGUGUCUUCAAAAACUUGACCUUGCCUGGAACGGCUUUGGCAAGGAAGGAGCCCAGGCUAUGGGACAGGCCCUCGCGGAGAACAGCACCUUGAAGGAGCUGGACCUCACUAACAACCGCAUCAACGCAAACGGCAUGGCUCUCCUCAUGGCGGGACUCAAGUAUAACGAGACUCUAGAGGUGCUGAAGAUUGGACAGAAUCCCUUUAACAGCGACGUGGCCAAACAUUUAUUGAUGAUACUGGAGCAAGCUGAAAAAAGUGCAUUAAUCUUGGUAGAAAUGUCAGACGUCUCGGUGGACGAAGACUUCAUGGCGGUCCUGGAGCGGCUGGCCGCCAAGUCUCACCUGAACGUCAAGCACGGCAAGUUCACCCGGAAGGUACCCGUCAAAGAGUUUCGGCCCCCGAAACCGCCCCCUCGAGACCCGAUAACCAUGAUCUACGACUACAAGUACGAGAGAGGGUACCGGACCCUUGACCUGCUGAUGCAGUUGGACAAGGAUAACAACUUUAUUAUCGAUAGGCAGGAGUUCACUGACGGUCUCGCGCUGAUGGGUAUAGAGGUAGCGGAGGAAGAUAUUGACGACCUAAUGGGCAAACUGGACCACAAUGCAGACGGCAGAAUAGACUACAGGGAGCUGGUAGAAGGCGAGAAAGAGUACGGCCAUCGAGAGGGCCGCAACAUGCAGAUGUCCACCAUCAUGAAGAUCCGGGAGCUCGCUAAGACCAUGAUGCAGUUCAAGUUCAAAGAAGUGGUUGACGCGGCAAAGAACAAGCCGGACGGUGUCGCCGCACAGACUGAACAUGCGCCUAGUGCGGGCAAUGGUGCCGGCGCCAGCGUUAAUGCGGGAGCGGUAAAGACUUCCGGUUCCGGUACUAGAGCGGCGGUCAAGAAGUAACAAGAUGACACAUGGAAAAAAGUGUUGUCAUCAAUAACUAAGCUCAGUUAUAUCAAUUUCAUUUUACUUGAUACAUACAUGUACAACAUGCAAAUGCUAUGAGGCAUUUUAGAACUAAGUUGAAUGAAAUACCCACGUUACGUAAAGUAUGUGCCAAUGUUUCACAUAUCAUCUUUUCUGACAUCUGAAAUCAUAGGAUAUAUUGUGUUAUAUGUUAACGUGUUUGAUAAGAAAUUGAUUUAUUUGAAUGUAGACGUGUGUGAAUUUCAGAAAACAAGAUGAUAACUACGUAUGAAUACAUGAAAACGCUCACACACGUACGUUAGCGGAAAUUAAAAAAUACGCAACUUCAAAAUGAAAUUAAAAGGGCGGAAAGAAAUUUAAAAGAAUUUACUAAAACAUUGAUUCUACGAUAAAUGCACUAAUUAGGUGGUCACAAAUGAUGAAAAAUCAAAAAAUGAUUUUAUGCAUGUGUUUGUCAUUUUUGAAUAGCAUGAAGUAUUGGUGUCAAGAUUCAAACACCAGGGGACCCAAACCCAUCUCGAUUUUUUCCAAAAACCGACAUGCUGUAGUAUCACUUAAAAUGUAUACGUCAGAAACGUUAAAUACGACUGCCUGUUGUGAAAAGCAGUAAGCAGUCGUUUUUGUGGUAUAAGAACCUUGCGAUGGACGUAUUUCCUACAUGUGAACCUUCCCCAAAGAAAUAAACAAAGUGUAAAACAAAUUAAGGGUGAACAAUAACAAAUGCGCCAUUCUUACAUAACAAUAUACAUGCCGUAUUUUAUUUUGUCAACUAAACACACUUUGUUUUUAAGGUUAACACUGUUAUUGGUUCAUACAUUUGUUUGUGAAAACUUUUGUAGAAUAGUUCAGUGUUUUCACGUUUUCGCAAAUAAGUGUUUGUGCAUGCUUGAACAAAGGUAUUAUUAUACGAGACAGUGUUUAUCAUUUAACGUAUCUGAUGUAUGAAACUGAAAUUUUUAUUGAAAAUGGUAAUCGUUUAUAAAUGCAACAUUUGCCUAAAGAAACGGUAUACUUUCGAUAAAGUAUACACUUAAUUAACUUUGAACGGUUAUAUGAACGUGGAACAUGGAUUUUAACAACGCGACACUUUUAACGUAUCUGAUGCCGUUAAGUUAUUUCAUCUGAAAUAUCUGGCAAAUUAGUUCGUGAUCGUCUUCUCCUAAUUUGAAUUCUCUUCCGGACUUUCCAACAGGCUCUGGUUCAUUGACGUUACAAAGAAUCUGGUUGAAGUUGACCCAUAUCUUAUCUGGAGGCUGCGGCCAUUUGAAUUUUUCAACGGAUGUGCUUCCACGAGCUUUUUUCAUAAAGGAAAUUUUAGCAUCGCCAUCCGAUUCGUCAACCUUACGAACUUUUCCAACGUACCAGACCCCUUCAUAGACGGCAGCCACAAAGUCACCUUUCUUGGGGACCACGUCUAAUUCUGCAGGUACAGCCAUUGGUAUAGCUGCAGGGGUGGGUUCCAUUUCAUGAUCAACAUCAUCUAUAAAUUCGGCUACCUUCCUUGCCAUACCAUGCCAUAUCCAGCCAUUGCAUAGAGUGUCACCAAUGAUACAAGAUUUGCAAUAGCAGGAUACCUCUCUUGAGAACAAGCCACCGUCUUUAGGAAACACAGCGUGUGCUUUCAUUGUACCUUGCAUUGGAAGAGGAUUCGUUUUCUGGAUUUCAGCAGCAGUUGUGUCAACGUCAUCGGUGGUGUAGAAACGGUACUUGAUGUUAACAGAACUUCCCUUUGCCCAAUUGAAAAAGUCAAAAGCAUCCUGGAUACAGGCUUUUCCCUGCUUUAUAGCAUCACUUGCCUUUCUCUUAGCAACACCACCGAUGCCGUCACAAGGGCCCUUACCAUGGCCGGAUUCAAAGUAAUUCCAACGUGCCGAAAAUCCACUGAAUCGUUCGGCAAAGUUCAUGAUAGCAUCAAACACGAAUCGAUUACGAUACUGGGAGGAAGGGCUGUCCGUCCAGUAAUGAAUUUGUCGAGCGUCAGGGAAUAUCUCUCUUAAUUCUUUGCAUAGCUUUUUCAUUAUCGUAAUCACGGCUGAAGAGUUGUGUUGCAGAGCAUUAGACACAAAGACAAAGUUCAAGUGCUCUAGACUAUUAUCCGUGCCUCUGAAAUAUACAACCACCGGAUGUAAUGUGACUGAACUGGCAUUCCAAUAUGCGCUCUGGAUUUCGUCAGAUGUUCCGCACGUAAAGUUUUCAGCAAAGUCCAUUUGCACUACCAUGUCAUUGCUCGGUAGGUUUUCUUUUAACGAUUUCAGUGCUGUAUAUUGGGCUGUAACUCUGCUCACGUGAUUCAGGAAUGCUUCAUAUUCUUCCUUCAUCAGGAUUAUGAAGUCGUCUUUACUACACUUAACCGAUACUAUUUUCAUCUUUCUCUUACCAUCUACUUCUACCCGGCGCCAUGUUUCAUAUUCUACUUCCGCGUUUGAAAUGCCACCAAGAAGCAUUUCCAUUUGCUCUUGCGUCGUGUUCUUACAUACAGUCUCUGGGAUUUUGGAAAUGUCAACGCCCUGUAAACGAAGGCAGUUCAGUUUCAUCGCAAAACUCUGAUGUCUUGAACAUAGACAGGUAUUUCUUGACAUUGAAGAAGUAAGUUUGAUGUACGCAGG